AUGGCGGUCGGCCUCACCACGACCGGGCGCCAUGCCGCCGAGGAGGAGGCGCGCGCCGAGGUGGACGUGCUCAACUCGCGACUGGAGAAGACAACACAGUUGACGAAGAAGAUCGAGGCAUCUCUGGGAAGGCUAGAGGCGACAGGGAAGAGUGUUCGCGAGGUGGCUGGCCCUCUCAACGGGGAGACCAAGAAACUGCAGGUCCUUGGACACAAUAUCGAGGCCGUCCUUGCCGCGAUCGAACGGCUUCGUCAGCCAGCAGACAGCAAGAAUGACGAGGAGCAGAUCAUAAGAGUCGGCCCUGAAAAAGCUGGCCUGCCCAACUACCUCAACUCGAUCAAACGGCUAAACAAGGCGCUUACCGAGAUGAAGGCGUCUAACCUACGCUCUACCCAGCAGACGAUGGCUGAUCUGCAGCGUCUGAUCAAGUCGGGGACGACACAACUCGAGAACCAUUUUGACAAGCUUCUACGGACGGAGACGCCGCGGUCGAUUGAGCCGCUACACUUCAUCACCAAAAACAAGCCGUUCCCGGUCCUCUCCCAAGACACUACCACCAGACUCGGCCUGAUCAAUAACUUUAUUACCGGCUUGAACCAGCAAGGUGCUGGGGCUACGGCGCCGCAAGACUCUUCCGUGGCGAGGAUCUACGCAGAAGUUCGGGGCCCCUAUCUGUCUGCAACUCUCCUCAACUCAGCAGCCGCCAGCGUCAACACUACCAAGAAGAAGAAUCCGGAUGCCAUCUACCGGGCCGGCACCAACGGCAUCGGCACGUAUGCUCAGGCCAUGGAAGGCCUCUUUGUUGCCGAGUACGAAAACAUUUGUAGCAUUUUCCUGCGCGAUGACUGGGGUCCGCUGUUCCAGUCGACCUGUCAGGCGGCGUUGGCAGAGCUUUCGCGGACUUUGCGGGAAUUGAACGGCCAUAUCAAGUCCCACCUCAAUACCGACUGCUAUCUUGCCUAUGAGGUAGUGGAGAUUGUCUCCAAGCUGUCAGACAAUCUCGACACCCGCACAGGCGAACUCAAGGCUUCACUAGCUGCAUCUCUCAAGCCGGUUAGGGAGACGGCAAAGUGGUCGCUAGGGGAGCUCCUGGAUGAUACGAAGCGGAGAGUGGGUAACUUGCAGACUCUGCCGAUGGAUGGAGCCCCCAUCCCUAUCGUGUCCGAGACCAUGCAGCGGCUGCAAACCAUGGUUGAAUUCCUGAGACCCAUAUCAAGUAUCAUGAUAUCGCUCGGCGACGGAGGCUGGAAAUCCGGUGCGGCUACGCGCGUCGGUGGGGGUGAUGCAAUCCCAAGUCUUGCCUCUUUUGACAUUGGUGCAGAUGGCAAGGAUAUCUUUGCACACUAUUGUACAGACACCAUCGACGCCCUCCUGUCAUCCCUGGAUGGGCGAGCGCGUGCUAUGCAGGGCAGGAAACCAGUGGUGGGCGUCUUCAUUGCCAACAGUGUCACCAUUGUCGAGCGCAUGAUCCGAACAUCCGAGUUGGCGCCACUCUUGGAGCCACGCCUGGGCGUGGUCGACCAGUGGCGCAAGAAGGCCACCUCUCUCUACACGGAGACGUGCAAGGACGUCUCGAUGCAUCUCUUCGAUGUCAUCCACACGAACCGGGCGCAGCGCCCGACGUCUGGACAGGGCGCAGUAGACUCCGCGUCCAUCCUCAAGGGCCUCAGCUCCAAGGACAAGGAGAACAUCAAGCAGAAGUUCACCGCCUUCAACACGUCCUUUGACGACAUGGUGGCCAAGCACAAGUCGUACAGCAUGGAGCGAGAGGUGCGCCAGAUGUUUGCCAGGGAUAUCCAGCAGAUGCUCGAGCCGCUGUACAACCGUUUCUGGGACAGGUAUCACGAGGUCGACAAGGGCAAGGGCAAGUACGUCAAAUAUGACAAGUCGUCCAUUUCCGCCGUCUUUCUCAGUCUGUACUAA